AUGGCGAAAGCAUCAGCCGUAGCCAGCAUCUGGUUGUCCGUUCUGGUAGCGGCUCUUUGCAUAACAUCGCUGGUGUUUAGCAUCCUAAUUUAUGAUAAAGUUCAUAAGGACAAGAAAAAGGAACCAGAUGAUAGACCAACAACGCGAGCCCCACCAGCGACGACAAUCUCCCCGAACUUAACGACAAGAAGUCCAACAGUAACUCCGCAUCCAAUAUUAAGCUCAACGUCAAAGCCAAUCGACGAUGAUGCCCUGUUUUGUCCACGAUACGGACCAGCACAAGACACCCCUGAAACAAGGAAGGCAGCAGCUCUAAUCAAAAGUGGUUUGGACGAGAAUGUGGAUCCGUGUGAGGAUUUUUAUGCGUUUACAUGUAACAAGUUUAUUGCAAGUCACGAUGUCAAGAAGCUAAAGGUUGGCAAGGUAUCGGCUUCUAGCGAACUUCAGAAUGAAAUCUACACGGAAAUAGUAAAAAACAUGGUCGGGAUAAAGGUUGGAGAUCAAUCGCAGUCAAAAACGGAAAGGAUAACAAAAGCGCUUCUCGAAAGCUGCGUCUAUCAUGCUACAACAAAGCCAAAUAGCACAGAAGUUUUCCUUCGCAAAUUGGAAAGCUUAUUUGGAGGCAUUCCAUUCAUCGGUCAUCCUAUAUCAGAGUAUCAUGAUAUUUUCGCUGCUAUGGGAACUCUAGAGCAGGAGCACGCUCUGUCUACGCUUCUGGGAGCCAUGGUCACGGUUGAUUACAAGAACACCUCACAGCAUGCGUUGUACCUUUCCCAGCCUAAGCUACCAAUGCCAAGGGACUACUACAUUCAACCACAGUUUACGAAAAAGCUGGCCGAUCGGGAGCAGUCGAUAUUUGAUGUCAUGCGAAAAUUUGCGGAUGCCAUUUUGGACGACCACGAAAAGUAUCUAAAUCUGACGCGUGAGUCUGCAAGGGAAGUGGCCAGAUUGGAGAUGAACAUUGCCAUGGCAUCCUUACCAGGCUCUCAGCUAAGAAACCACGCACAACUAUAUAAUGUCUACGAUAGCGAAGAGCUAAAGAAGGCAUAUCCAGCGAUCAACUGGCUUGACUAUUUCCGAUCUCUGAUGUCAACAGUUGGAACUACCGAGCUCUACAAUGGCAAAAAGAUUAUAAUAAUGCAUCCAUCCUAUUUUGGCUGGUUGAACGCUCUUUUCGCCGGAGAUUUCGAUCGAAAAACUAUCGUCAACUAUAUGAUUACACAAAUGAUCUUCGAAGACGCAGAUUUCCUUGGUGGAGAAGUUCAGUCAGUGGCAGAGAAAGCAAAUUAUGUACCUUAUGCACAACGGAAAGGUUUCGGAGUAACACAUGUAGGAGGACGUGUUACCCGGUUUAACCAACAGUCCGAUCCAAAUUUGCCAUGUAUGGACCUCAUCACAACAUACAUGCCGUUUGGACCAGGAUAUGCUUACGUCAAAUCCAAAGGUGAUGAAAGAAAUAAUAUAAUCAAAGACGUCAGUGAACAGACUGAUAGGGUUAUUGACAGCUUUUUAGAAAUGAUGUCUGAAUUAGACUGGAUGACGAUAAAAUCCAAAGAAAAGACAAGAGAAAAAGCAAAAGAAAUGAAGAAAAGCUAUGGAUGGCCAAACGACCUUUUCGGCGAUUUUAAAGACUUUAGUAAAAUUGAUGAGUACCACUCUGACGACUACAACCAAAUUAUCGAUCAAUACAUAAAGAAUGAAACUUACUAUAAAUUGAGGAGUAUUAUGAUCAAGGGAUACUCGAAUCGAGAAUCGCUGCGUUUAAUCAAAGAAACACCGACACGAACGAGGUUCAUGUUAUCCCCCGCAAAAGUAAACGCUUUCUAUCAACCUGAAUCGAAUUCCAUAACUUUGCCUUUCGCAAACUUCAAUCCACCAUUCUACAACUAUGCUCGCAACUCACCUCAAAUCCAAGCUUAUAACUAUGCCGGAGAACAUGCAAUUGCCGGGCACGAAUUAGUACAUGGUUUCGAUGAUGAAGGAGUUCAAUUCGGUUCGAAUGGAAGUUUAAGUGAUUGCGGAUGGAAUGAAUGUGGCUGGAUGGAUCGUGCAUCAAAGGAAGGCUUCAAGGAUAUGGCACAAUGUGUAGUUUCACAAUACAACACUCAAUGUUGUCCUCAGAAGAGUGGAACGACGAUGUGUGCUAAUGGUGCUACCACUCAAGGAGAGAAUAUUGCAGAUCUUGGAGGUGUACAAGCUGCAUACCGAGCAUUCCAAAAAUACGCAAAAACUCUGCCAAAACAAGAACAAAGACUACCUGGACUUGAGCAAUAUUCACCAAACCAACUGUUUUGGAUUACUCAUGGUUUUGGUUGGUGUGAGACUCGUUCGGAAGAAAAUAUGAUUAACCAGCUUCUUACUAACGUUCACUCCCCUGGCAUCUGCCGAGUCGAGCAAGUCGUACAAGACAUUCCGGCGUUCGCGAAAGAUUUUGGCUGUACAGUGGGUCAGAAAAUGUAUCCCACACCUGAGCAAAGGUGUAAAGUAUGGGUUCGAGAUUAAUAGUUUUAAGUGCGAUCGGUGGAUCUCAUAAGUUAUAAAAAUAACUUAAUUUACCCAGAACUUUGAGAAUUAUAAGGUAGACUUUCAAAAUGUCGGUUUGAUGCCGUGCCUUUUUGUUUUAUCAAGCUUUCAAACUAGUUUUCAUACCUUCUGCCCUACUGCCGUCGUCAGCAGAUGAAGAUGUCAGAGGAGUACGCAAAACUUAUUUUUAUUAUUCAAGUGUGCUGUCAUGAAAUGAUUUGCUAAAUAAAAGAUUACAG